CUACAAUCUACAAUCCACGCAACCGGGCAUUGACGCGAUAAAUUAUAAACUAUAAUAGUAUAAUAAUAAUUUUAUAUAUAAAGACUCUCUAUAGAGACUGUGUUUUUAAAUAUUGUAUGUCGUGACUUGCCCGGGUGGAAGCGUAAAGUCUGAUAUAAAAUCUUUUUUUUCAGUAUUAUUAAAUAAUAUUCUCUAUUAAUUCAAAGUUGUCCAUUUGAGGUUCUACAAUUGUCCUUCCGUAUAUUGUAACGCAUUAACGAUCGACUGCAAUAUGAUUUAAUAUUUUAUUAUAAUUUAUAUUACAUAUUAUAUAAUAUUAUAAUAUAUAUCAUCUACGCCGUACACGUACCACACACCACAUCGCAUUCGCUGCAUCGACGAAUCAUGAACCGUUUCUAUCACUAUGCAGUUGUGUUCUUCGUGAUCGCGUGCAACGUUAUGCACGGAAUUCAGAUUAACCUGGACGAAUACCACUUUGAAUCUUGGAAUGACGUACUAACCUACCCCAGUGAAUCGUACCACAUCGAAUAUAUUAAUAGCAACGACUUGUAUGGUUGGAGAAGGAAACGGGGAUUUUUCUCCUCGUUUAAAAUUCCUGCCGUGAUGCCGUACACCGACAAAAAUGAUGAGAAAACAGCCACCGAGAAUACAAUCAUCACUUCGGACGCCGACGUCACAACCACCGUCAACUCCGAGAUGACUGCGACUGCGGCGAAUAUCGAGGCAGCCUACAGGAGCUUCACGGACGCGACCCAAUCGUCUAAAGAGACGCACAUUGUGUGUAUCGGGCCGGACGUGGAGAAAAGCUUGAUGGAGGCCGGACAGUACUUGCCACUGGUUUAUAAGUUGACUAAGUACAUCAUACCUGACUUAUCGUUGUAUGACGUGGUCACAUUGUCCUUGAACGUGGCGUCAUUAACCACGCAAGGGGCCAAGGACUAUGCGAACACCGAAGUCACCGGAGCUCAGACCAAACCCGAUAUUGGUGCUACGAUUGGUCAAUAUGCGACUGGUAUUUACGACAAGUUGAAAGAUGCUUUUAAAACACAUCUUGGACACGUUACGAAUUAUUUCUCGGACAGAGAAAAAACAAAUUCAUUGGAAGAAACGCAUAGUAUUUUCGAUAACGUGAAAAGUAAAAUGAAUAUUUUUGGCGGUUUUAUGAACAGCGUUGACUCACCGCAAACUGAAAACAAAGAAAACCAAAUUGAAACAAUAGUAACACAAACGUAUAUGGAAGGUUCUCAACCCCCCAUAACCAACACGAUUGUAACGAAAAAAUAUGAAAGUGGUGAUGAAUCGAUCCACCAACCAACAAAUGGCGAAGCAAAUAAUGUCAUAUUCAACACUAAACUAUUAGAGAAUGGAAAACAAAAAGUUGGUAAAAUAAUAACUGAGAUGGAAAAUGAAUUCAAUCGCAAUGAAAACUCAGCGAAUGACUCUGAUGUUGAAGCUUACGAUGACGAUAAUGAUGAUGAAACCAUGAACGAUGAUGAUGAUGAUGGAACCAUGAACGAUGAUGAUGAUGAUGGAACCAUGAACGAUGAUGAUGAUGAAACCAUGAACGAUGAUUAUGGAACCAUGAACGAUGAUGAUGGAGACAUGAUCGAUGACGAUAAAAACAAUAAUAUUCAAAUAAAAGAAGAAGAUUUUAACAAAGUUAUGCAAGAAUCCAUGGUUUUACAGCCUGAAUUUAUAAAUACACUUGAUGGCAAGGAGUUGCUGAACCGUAUUGAUGAAUUGCAAAAAUCAUUAUCAAAUCCGAACCCUAACAAUAGAAAAACAUUUAAAGCUUUGACAGAGGAAUUAGACAUUGAUGAACACUAUUCCGAAGAUCAUGUAAAUGAACUAAUCGACGUUCUCGAUAAAACUACGAACUAUUUCAUAGUUAAGGCUAUUCAAAAAAAUGUAUCAUUAAUGACGCCACCCACACCACCAACACCACCUACACCACCUACACUACCUAUGGAUUAGCAGAAAUAAAAUUGAUAGUCGUUUUAUAGUUUAAUUAAUACAGAAUAAAUAAUAUAAAACUCUUAUAUUCAAAUUAUUAUUUGUAUUUGAUCUAGUUUUCAUUUAAAUAUAAACUACAAGGAUUAUGUAAAUUUAUUUUAAUAUAUUACUCGUAUAUUCAAUCACA